ACCGGUCAAUCCUUUCUGCUUCCGACGCGGGACGGUCUCACCGCACGGAUAGGGAGAGGGUUCGACGCCAUGACGCCGGCUGCCAUAUCCCACUCCCACCACCACCGCCGCCGCCUCCUCCCCUUCCCUUCCCCGAUCCAAACCCUAAACCCUCUCGCCACCUCCUCGCCUCGCCCCCGCCAUCAACUCCCAAAACUCAUCGUCUUAUCCCCAUCUCCCCGACCAGCCUUCUCCUCUGCCUUUGCGGUCGCUGCCGUCGACGACGACGAGGAUGUCGUCAUCGGGGACUGCCUCGUGUUUGACGACGAGGCCUUCGAGGAACCGGACCUCGACCUCCCCUCGCCCCCGCCGCCUCCGAGCGCCUCCCGAUACGGCCGGAGGGCGGAGGCCAGCUACGGUUCGAGCCUGGUGCCGGAGAAGUGGAGGGAUGCCGCGGAGGAGAUCAACCUGACGAAGAAGGAGAAGCGCCGCAUAUCUCAUGGGUUGCGAUUCGGGAGUCGCCUCGAGCGGCGGGCGCCCCCGGCCGUUGUCGCCCCUGAUGAAUUCCGCGCGUACCGCAAGGGGACGCUGCAAGCGGAGAGUGAGCACGUUGCUAACGUAUACCGGGGGCCACUGGAGAGAACUCUUCCACCGGCAGAGAAGGUGGAGGAGCCUCCGCCGCCGGAGCCGGGGACGCGUGUGGCCCCGAAGAACCCGAGGAUGGGGAUGGAUGUUGGCAGCCUUGAGGACAUUUCGGAGUUUUUUAGCAGUCGGGAGUAUGUUCAGGGCGAGAUGGAAGACGGCAAGAGCCCCAAAAACCGUCAGAAGCUAUUCUCAAAUGAGGAGAAGAUUCUUCUGAAUAAGCGAGUGCCUGAUUUGGAAGCCGCUGCAUCUAGUAAAUGGCUUCCACUUCAUACCCUUGCUGCAUCUGGGGAUUUCUAUCUAUUAGAUAGUCUUCUAAAACAUAAUGUGGACAUAAAUGCGCUUGAUAAGGAUGGUUUGCCAGCAAUUCACAAAGCAGUUCUUUCAAAGAAGGCUGCUAUUAUCAACUAUCUUUUAAGGAACUCAGCAAAUCCAUUCAUCCAAGAUAAAGAUGGUGCAACCCUAAUGCAUUAUGCUGUCCAAACAGCAUGCAGUCAGACAAUAAAGACUCUUUUGCUGUACAAUGUUGACAUCAACCAUCCAGACGAUUAUGGAUGGACACCUUUGCAUCUUGCUGUACAAACACAGAGGACUGACAUUGUGAAGCUACUUCUAAUAAAGGGUGCUGAUAGAACUCUGAAAACCAAAGAUGGAUUGACCCCUUUGGAGUUGUGCCUCCGUCUAGGUCACCAUGUGCGGACAUAUGAGCUUAUCAAACUACUUAAAAGCUUCCGAGGACAAAAACAGCAUGCUUCGGUUUACCUGGAGGGUGUAUGACCAGUUGGAGUCCAUGAGAUUUAUGGCGGAGAUUGUGUGGUAUUGCUGUUAGUUUGAGGAAGUAGUUUACCUUCAGAACUGAAAGCAAUGAGUAUAUCAGGUUACCGUUGGGCUUCAGCCCAGGAAAUUGUUGAUGACCAAACCUUUCCCUAGGUCAGCGCUCUACUAUAAUUUGGGGUGAGCCACUAGGAGUGUGACAAAAUAUAUGUAAUGAAUGCCAAAAAACUUUUAUCAGAUUCGCAUCUGUCACUGUCUUCUCCUUUUGGUCCAUUGGCCUCGUAUUUGGGACAGCCUGAUCCCGGCCCAGUCCACGUGCGGCGGGCCAGGAAUUUAACCAGAUUUCCGGCCUACCAACGUGCAAUGGGCCAUGAUUGCACUGUCCUAAUCAGGCCCAGGUGGAGACCUUUUUCACAUUUAUUCAAUAGUUGUACCAGGUAGUAUAUGCAAAGAAACAUGAGUUGUAUUUAUCCUUUUUCCCAUAUAGUUUGCUGUGAUGGAUUCGGAAAUUCCGUUACCAAAA